GGCCAGGCACUCGGCAGCCCCAGCCUGACUCAUCCCCACCUUGCUGCUAGUCCCCGCCAGCCAGAGGCGCCCCAGCCCCGCAGGUGACGAUGGAGGCCAUCAAGAAGAAGAUGCAGAUGCUGAAGCUGGACAAGGAGAACGCCUUGGACCGGGCUGAGCAGGCGGAGGCUGAGCAGAAGCAGGCGGAGGAGAGGAGCAAACAGCUGGAGGAUGAGCUGGCGGCCAUGCAGAAGAAGCUGAAGGGGACGGAGGACGAGCUGGACAAAUACUCAGAGGCCCUGAAAGAUGCCCAGGAGAAGCUGGAGCUGGCUGAGAAGAAGGCAGCAGACGCUGAGGCAGAAGUUGCAUCCUUGAAUCGCCGUAUCCAGCUGGUAGAGGAGGAGUUGGACCGAGCCCAGGAGCGUCUUGCCACAGCUCUGCAGAAGUUAGAGGAGGCGGAGAAAGCUGCAGAUGAGAGUGAAAGAGGCAUGAAAGUGAUUGAAAACAGAGCCCUGAAGGAUGAAGAGAAGAUGGAACUGCAGGAGAUCCAGCUCAAGGAGGCCAAACACAUUGCAGAAGAGGCUGACCGGAAGUAUGAGGAGGUUGCCCGGAAACUGGUGAUCAUUGAAGGAGACCUGGAGCGCACUGAGGAGAGGGCUGAGCUUGCAGAGUCUCGUUGCCGGGAACUGGAUGAGCAGAUUCGAUUGAUGGACCAGAAUGUGAAGUGUCUGGCUGUUGCCGAAGAAAAGUACUCUCAAAAAGAGGAUAAAUAUGAAGAGGAAAUCAAGAUCCUGACAGACAAACUCAAAGAGGCGGAGACCCGUGCAGAAUUUGCUGAACGAUCAGUAGCCAAACUGGAGAAGACCAUUGAUGACUUGGAAGAUAAACUGAAAUCCACCAAAGAGGAGCAUCUCUGCACACAAAGAAUGCUGGACCAGACCCUGCUGGACCUGAACGACAUGUAAAUGAUCCCUGCCAUCGCCUCUGCCCCACCCAGCAACUCGCUGGGGGCCAGCCCAGCCAGAGCUGCCCUCUAACCCCAAGGGUUCCUUCUCUUGCCAAUUCAACCAAACCAACGUCUGCCAAGUCACCUCAGGGUUAAAGGUCACCAGGUUGGGCAGAGCCUUAAACAGCAUCAUUAAGGGAAAUACAAACAAUGCAAUAAUGUCUGGAGAACGUGAGAUGUGCACAUUUUGUAACUACCUUUUUUGUAGCAACCAUUGUAAACAUUCCAAAUAACUCUGGGGCUCACAAGCGGCACCUAAAAAGUGGUUGGCUUUAAAAUUUGAUAUUAACCUCUUGCUCCUCAGCUCUGGUCCCGUUUGCCCCACUGCUGGGGGGAGCGGAGGUGGGAGAGUUCUGGUGCUGGGUGAUAAGUUGGAGUAGCUGGGCUAGGAAUGCAGGGUCCUUUCUGUGGGGCACUAACGCAUCCUGUCAGAACUGGAACUCUCGCAGGAGCAGAUGGCCCAGAAAAGGGCCUUCAGUUUCUCAGCCUGAAAGUUUCUCUCCCUGAAUGGCAGAGCUGUUGAAGCGAAGAGGAGAUUCUUUUCUUUUUUUAAAAGACCAAACCUGUUCUCUUUGAACACUCAUGAAUGGAAGAAUUAGUCACAUGGGCCUCUUUGCCCUGUGUGUGCCAGUCACUCCCCUUUGGCCAUUGACUAGAGAAGCAGGCAGCCCCUCUAACCCACUGCUGCCACUGGGUUUGAAUCUGCCUUCACGAAGUGCUAUUGCACUGAGCUUUAUCACUCAUUGCUGAUCAGUUGUAACAGCUCAUGUAUAAAACUGCCUCUUGUGUGAGGAGCUUUGCUUACACUGAGGGGAUCCCUUCAGGCCCCCGUUACCCAGGAGUGCUCUGUCUUGAAUCAGGUCCAGGCCACAGUGCAGUGCAUUGUUGAAGUUCUGUUGGUGAGGCACAGUAGUGAGAUCUGCGUGAGGUUUGCAUUGUGUAGCUUAGGCUUUGAGAGAGGCACAUUGGUUGUGGUGGUUUAUGGGGCCAGUUAGAGGACAACCUAUAUCAAGUGUUUUGAUACUAAAAUUGACGACUGUCUUAUAUUGUCUUUUGAAAUAAAAACCAUUCCCGCCAUGCUGGUUUUAGACGUAAUGGGCUUUGAUUAAAAUAAAGCUGCUAUACACCCA